AUGGCCCCCGCCGCAAAGAAGCAGAAGAAGAAGUGGUCCAAGGGCAAGGUCAAGGACAAGGCCCAGCACGCCGUCGUCCUCGACAAGACCACCUCCGAGAAGCUCUACAAGGAUGUUCAGUCUUACCGUCUGGUCACUAUCGCCACCCUCGUCGACCGAAUGAAGAUCAACGGUUCUCUGGCCCGACAGUGCCUUGCCGACCUCGAGGAGAAGGGCAUCAUCAAGCCUGUGGUUACACACAGCAAGAUGAAGAUCUACACCCGUGCCGUUGGUGGUACUGACUAA